AUGACAACCUUCUACGAACACCCUUACGGUACAGUCUCGACUCUCGCACAUGUAAUACAAUGUGUCAGCUCAUUCGUUGUCCUCGGCAUAACGGCUUGGGCAGUCACUGAGACGAAGACUCUCACUGUGAUAUUUUCAUUGGUCAUAGCUGUCCUCACCCCGGUCGUCUACGGCAUAACGUUGACUACAAGCUGCCUCACCAAACGCCGUAGAUGGCACGUUCUCCCUCUGCUAUUUAUGGAUGUAGUGAUUUCUUAUCUCUGGCUCACUUCCUUCAUUUUCCUGGCUGAGAACUUCAACCGAGUCAGCUGCAGUGUCCAUCUUUGGAACAGACAAACGGUUUGUAGCCGGAAAUACGCGGCGGAAGCAUUCAGCUUCAUUGCAUUCUUCACCUCCUUUGGUGCCAUGAUAUUCGAGCUCUUGUACAUUUACCGCCACAAUGACGAUCUCCCGAUGCAGGAAAGGAAGAAUGGUCAUGCGAACUUGGAGCAUAAUCUUCAAUCCGCCGGUGUGAUGGACUCGAGGUAG